AUGGCAGACAUACCCAUCCAAAAAAAUAGUGAGCCACCGGUUUCUGUCGGUAGGUUCACCAUCAAUCCAUUAAUCGGUACUGAGGACAGCGCAGGUGGUGGCAACACCAACACUUUCCAGAUGAGGACCUUUGGCUACAACACAUUGGAUGCGGUGCCCAAGUACGACCACUAUGCCAACAGCUACCUGCCCGGCCAGUCCAAAACCGUCCGACCGACCCUGGCUCAUCUGCACACACUCAUGAUGCCUUCCCCAGGAGGGCUCAAAUAUCCUAGACCUGAUCCUGGUCAGGAAAAUCCUAAACCAGAGGCCGAGGAUGAAGAAAGCAAUGCUAAGGCAGCAGAAGAACCAGUCAGAUUCGGCUGGAUAAAGGGUGUGAUGAUUCGCUGUAUGCUGAACAUAUGGGGAGUUAUCUUAUACUUAAGACUGCCUUGGAUCACUGCCCAAGCAGGAAUAGCUUUGACCUGGCUGAUCAUAUUCAUGUCUGUAACUGUGACAAGCAUAACGGGUCUGUCCAUUUCAGCCAUAUCCACAAACGGCAAGGUGAAAUCUGGUGGUACAUAUUUUCUAAUCUCCAGAAGCCUGGGCCCAGAGCUGGGAGGUUCCAUCGGACUCAUUUUUGCUUUUGCAAAUGCAGUAGCUGUUGCUAUGCACACUGUUGGCUUUGCUGAAACUGUAAGAGAUCUCCUAAAGGAAUACAACUCAACAAUUGUUGAUCCAACAAAUGAUAUACGAAUUGUUGGUGUAAUUACUGUGACUGUUCUUCUUGGAAUUUCAUUGGCUGGUAUGGAGUGGGAAGCCAAGGCACAGGUUCUCUUUUUCAUCGUGAUCAUGAUUUCAUUCAUUAACUACUUGGUCGGUACAGUUAUUCCAGCAACUCCUGAAAAACAGGCCAAGGGAUUCUACGGCUACAGAGCUGAUAUUUUUGCUGAAAACUUUGUUCCAAAAUGGCGUGGGGCUGAUGGCUCCUUCUUUGGGAUGUUUUCCAUUUUCUUCCCAUCAGCAACUGGCAUUUUGGCUGGUGCCAAUAUUUCAGGUGACUUAAAGGAUCCUGCUGUGGCCAUACCUAAAGGUACCAUGUCAGCUAUUUUCUGGACUACAGUAUCGUACUUAGUAAUUUCUGCCACAAUUGGAUCAUGCGUAAUCCGUGAUGCUUCUGGAAAUCUGAACGAUACGUACUCUGGCUCGGGUUAUUGUGAAGGUCUUGGUUGUGACUAUGGAUGGAAUUUUACUGAUUGUGCAAAUAAACAGGAUUGUGAAUAUGGUCUCAUCAAUUAUUACCAGUGUAUGAGCUUGGUGUCAGGAUUUGGGCCCCUGAUUACAGCUGGGAUCUUUGGAGCAACUCUUUCCUCUGCACUGGCUUGCCUUGUGUCAGCACCUAAGGUAUUUCAGUGCUUAUGUAAAGACAACCUUUACCCUGGCAUUGGGUUUUUCGGAAAAGGCUAUGGAAAGAACAAUGAACCAAUCAGAGGGUAUUUGCUUACCUACAUCAUUGCUGUUGGUUUCAUCCUUAUUGGUGAAUUGAAUGCCAUUGCACCAAUUAUAUCAAAUUUCUUCUUGUGUUCCUAUGCCCUGAUUAACUUUAGCUGUUUCCAUGCGUCCAUCACAAAUGCACCAGGCUGGAGACCCUCAUUUCAAUACUACAACAAGUGGGCCUCCCUGUUUGGUGCCAUUAUUUCAGUUGUCAUCAUGUUCCUGUUGACGUGGUGGGCAGCACUGAUCGCAGUUGGCAUUGUCAUCUUCCUGCUGGCAUAUGUACUCUACAAAAAACCUGAGGUGAACUGGGGAUCCUCUGUGCAAGCAGGUUCUUAUAACAUGGCUUUGAGUUAUGCAGUUGGACUGAAUGAAGUGGAGGACCAUGUCAAAAACUACAGACCACAGUGUUUGGUUCUGACUGGAGCCCCUAAUACACGCCCAGCUCUUGUGGAUUUUGUUGGUACCUUUACGAAGAAACUUUGCUUGAUGGUUUGUGGGAAUGUUAUAAUGGGAUCAUCACACCAAGACAUGAAGGAAGAAGUUGUAACUGAUAGGCAUGUUAACUGGCUGAACAGAAGAAAAAUCAAGUCUUUCUACUCAGGAGUUGUAGCAAAUGAUUUACGAAGUGGAGUGCAGACACUAAUGCAGGCUACUGGACUUGGUAAAAUAAAGCCCAAUGUACUUGUGAUGGGGUUUAAAAAGAACUGGCAAUCAGAUCAUCCCAGGAAUAUAAAUAACUACAUUGGAAUUAUACAUGACGCCUUUGAUUUCAAUUUUGGUUUAUGCAUUUUGAGGAUAAAAGAUGGUCUGGACAUGUCCAAGUAUGUGCAAGCUCAUGUCAGUCCUAUUUUUAAUACUGCUAACAAUAUUAUUGGAAAUGGGGGGGGGGGAAGGGUGGAUCCGACCACACUGGUGGCUGAGCAGCAGCUGAACUCCAUAUUUCAGUCCUCACAGGAGAAAAAGACUGUCGACAUCUACUGGCUUUUUGAUGAUGGAGGUUUAACGGUUCUGAUUCCAUACCUUUUGUCUCGCAAGAAGCGGUGGAGCAAAUGCAAAUUCCGAGUGUUUGUGGGCGGUCAGCUUGAUAAACUCGAGGAGGAAAGAAAAGCAAUGAAUGAUCUUCUAAGUAAAUUUAGACUUGGAUUUCGUGAAAUUAAUGUUCUUCCAGAUAUCAACCAGAAACCUCGACCAGAGCACAUGAAACGAUUUGAAGAUCUGAUCUCUCCAUAUAGACUACAUGAUGGACUUAGGGAUGAGGCCUACAUCAGUGAAAUGAGAAAGGACUGUCCUUGGAAGAUCUCAGAUGAAGAGCUCAGGAUCAACAAAGCAAAGUCUACUCGCCAAGUGAGACUGAAUGAGAUUUUACUGGAUUACUCAAGAGAUGCAGCACUUAUUGUCAUGACCAUGCCUAUUGCCAGAACAAAAUCAUGCCCAAGCUCACUCUACAUGGCCUGGCUUGAGACCAUCUCCCAGGAUCUUAGAGCUCCUGUCCUGUUUGUCCGAGGAAACCAGGAAAGUGUCCUUACCUUCUACUGCCAGUAA